AUGAAAGAUGUCAAUACAGAGCGCACCUUGCGCUUGAGAGAGAAUAAACGCCGCAACAGAGCACGCCAGAAGGAAUACGCGGCCGAUCUGGAACGCAGACUAAGACAGUUUGAACAAGAAGGUGUCCGGGCAACCAUCGAGAUACAAUGUGCAGCUAAGAAGGUUGCAGAGGAGAAUAUUUACCUACGAGAGCUAUUGCUGGCGGUCGGCAUUGAUUGCUCAACUGUCAACGAUUGGAUAACUCGGAGGAGGACCUGCAAUGAGGCAAAGGAUGUUGGCCGAAGCCAUUAUCAUGGAACUGCGAUAGGUGACAGCAUUUGUAACAAAGGCCAACAAAGAGACCCUUCUAGCGCUCCGUUAUCUCGGCCGCAAUGUUCACUACCUUGCGACAAGGGUUGCCAAUGCAGCAGUCCUCCACUGAGCAAUCCUAUCCCCAAAUCAGCCGACAAUCCAUCAGCCGUUACUGAGGACAAUCGGAUCACCGAUAGGUUUUGUUCGCCUGCGCGGAAUAAAUCAACACUGGAGAACAGACAAGAGAAUGGCAGCCACGAUGCGGGACUGCCACCAAGUACCCCGGGGGAGGGCUCUUUUCCGCAGCCAUCUGCUCCUUGCAAGCUCCUCACGCGUCUCGCCACGAAUCCUGGUUCCGACGUCUCGAUGAUCUUAGCAGGGGCAGAGACCGAGCAAAAAGCCGACAGCGCAGAAGGCGGUCUGUCUUGUGAUAGUGCAUACAAGCUGUUGAUGCGGUAUGCCACCAGUGAUGAGAAAAUCGAGGCUCUCGCUCUGUCUCUCGAGGAGGGUUGUGUCCCUAACUCAGGUGGUGGAUGUAAGGUCAAGAAUGAGACUCUAUCGCAAGCGCUUCUAGAUAUCUGUCUUUGA